CGGAAAAAUAGUAUCGGUAACUAAAAAGUUUUGUGGUUGUGUGAAUAUUGAGUAGGUAGUGUUUUGAGUGGCCGGUUGCCAAGGUUACGGAGUGGAAUUAGGUGCGAGAACGGGACAGCAAUAGCCGCAAGAUGCCAGUGUACAAGUGAGCGUCGUCACGCGCGGUCGUGUCGGAUUUUUGUGCGAAAAAAUAUUUUGUGCAAGUGUAAGUGUAAAGUGUUUGCGUGUGAGUGUGAAGUGUAACUGGAUUUUUGUUAUGGAGAUUGGAUACACAGAUUGAAUAAUUUACUUUCUAUGGUGCUUGGAGUAUGACGCUUUACAUUAAGCUUUACACCUGAUGUGAGAUGAUGGUGUAGCGCAUGGGGCAUGGGUGGUGCGCUGCUGGAGGCGGCGGCGCGCGGGGAUGCCGGCAGGGUCGCCAGCCUCAUCCGAGCCGGCGCGCCCGUCGACGCCAGAGAUGAGAACGGCAUCAGCGCGCUGCAGCGCGCGGCGGCGGACGGCCAUGUUGACGUCGUGCGAGUGCUGCUCGAGCAUGGAGCUGACCCCAACACUCAGGACCGAGUGCACGGCAACACAGCGACGCACGAGGCCGCAUGGAAGGGUUACUCGCGGUGCGUCGCGCUGCUGGCCCGCUGCGGGGCGCUGCGCGCGCGCAACGCGGCCGGCUUCGCGCCGCUGCACCUCGCCACACAGAACGGCCACAACCAGACCACGCGGGAGCUGCUGCUGGCCGGGGCACCGCCUGAUCUGCAGAAUAAUUAUGGCGACACAUCGCUCCACACGGCGGCGCGGUACGGGCACGCCGGCGUCACUCGCAUCCUCAUCUCGGCGCAGUGCCGCGUCUCCGAACAGAACAAAAACGGGGACACGGCGCUGCACAUAGCAGCCGCCAUGGGCAGAAGGAAACUCACCCGGAUCCUGCUCGAGGCCGGCUGCGACAAAUCCCUGAGGAACCACCAGGGGGAAACCGCCCGAGACAUCGCCACCAGAAAGGGACUGGAGGAAAUCAUCGCCAUACUUAACACCCCCGUCGCGAAGCAGAAAAAGAAGGAGAAGAGAGACAAGAGUAGGGACAGGACGAUCGACGAGCCCGACGACGGCAAGAAACGAGAUAAGAGCAAAGACAAGAAGAAGAAGAACGUCCACUUCGAAACCCCGCCCCAGGUGCAGUGGUCCCCGUACGGGUGCCACUACUACCCCGACCCCAAGUAUUUCCCCAAACCCAAGUUGAGCUCGCUCCCCACCGAACCGCUGAAGAAAGGCGAGCAGUACUAUUUGGAUUUAGCCGGGAAUAUCAAGAAGGGUCCCAUCGGCGCGGGCUACACCUGCUACUGCGCUCCGUUCUUCAAGCACAUGGAGGAGAAGCUCAAUGAAGACAAGAAGGAUUUGAAGAGGCACAUAGAUCGAGCCCACGAGAGAUUGGACCAGAAGGUCACGGAUUUAGAGAUGAAAACACAGGGACAGAUAUCGGAGCUGACGAGGUUCGUCGCGGCCGAGCGAGCGCUGUGCAAGGAGAGGCACAAACACCUGGAGCAGUGGCUGACCAGAGGAGUCGUAUUCAGGCAGUCCGAGAGGGUUAGAAAGCUGGACUUCAGUCCGAAGGGAUCCGUGGAUAUAGCUCCGAUAAAGCGAACGAGAAGUUUGGAGCUCUUGGACGCUAACGGCGAAGACUGGCACAUGAACGAAAGGCUCCGGAGAUAUAACGACCACGAGGAGUGUCAGAACUGUGAUUCCAAAGAAGUGUACAGGGCGACGUCGAAGAGUACGGAAGGUCUAGACACGAAACCACCGCCCAGUCCCAGAAGAAUCAUGAAAUGCUCCAAAAGUAGCGACCAACUGGACGCCGGGCCCAGUAGAUGCGCCAGACCACUAUCCUAUAGCAACUGUAGUCAAGCCAGCUCGGAGAACGUCACGAGUGAAAUUCACGUGCACUCGAAUAAGGCGUCAAUUUCUCAUUCCCCCGUACACGAGGUGAUCAUUCAUAACGAAAGGUACGCCUCACCCCCGAACCCACCCACCUUACCUAGUAGUAGUAGUUGGCACUCGGAGAGAGAAGGAAACAUAGGUCCUGUACAUAAUGGAGAUCACGUGCAUAAUGUGCCUUCGUGGAAGAGUCAGGUGCUACAGAAAACUGCGGAGGAUAUAAGAAAAAAGUCGGAGGGCGCGUCGGAUGCGUCGGACGGUGCUUCUAGAAAUUCUAAAUCGUUAGACAUAUCACAGGAUGGCUACGUCAAGCUUCACAAGCAGCCGAAUAGUCGGGAGGAAAGUGUCGUAGUCAGAGAACCUAGGAAGACUGUACAAGAGUUGGUAGCUCAGGUCGAACAUCAGCAGAGAUGCAAGUCUCCGGAGAGAGUCAUUAUACAGAGAGUACCUGAAAACCCACCCACGCAAACUAGUCCAUUAAAAGUACCUCAACAGCCUCAGAGACCGGCGCCCGUGCUCAAAGAUAAGCCUCAAAAACAAAAGCGGUUCAGUCUGCACAAUCUCAUCCCUUUCCCGACGAGAAAGAACUUCCAGACUCCGCCAAAGGAGAACGGAAAUAACUCGGAGAGCAGCGACGAGGAGGACAAUCCAAUAAGGACCACCAACCAGCCCGGUCCCAUGAGGAAUACCAACCUUCUGCAGACCCUGCCGCUGCCAAACUUCGAGACGAUGUCCACCAAAUCCCAGUCGCCCGCCCCACAAGUACAACCGUAUCCACACGACAUCCGCAUGAUCCCGAAAGACGCGUACUUCCACGAAAUUCCCAACAAACAUGUUCACAUAAAUCCCAAUCACCAGAUGCCGUACAGGGAAAUGGAGACUGGUCUGCCCAUACCACAGUACCCCUGCCAAAACCAGUACGAAUACAACGAAGCCGCGCUACCCCAGCCACAGAUACAGGCGAGAAACAGAAACCCCAUAUUCCACCACCAAACGGGCGUCUUCAAUGCGAUGAUGCAGGACCACAUAAUACGGGAGAUCGAGCGGAUACCGCACUGCUACAGCGACCAUCUCGACCAGAAUACUGAAGUGGAGAUCGCGAACCAAAACGAGCACUUUCGAUACGACAAUCGACCGCCCAUGUAUCCGAAUCGGCAGAUGCCAGCCCACAGCAUGAGGAAAGGACCGGACCAUAAUUUUCUCCACAGCAGGCUCCAGUCACUAGCUAUCAACACCCAUCUCAGUGAAACCCAAAGCCAGGCCGAUCGGGAGUCACAUAACGACUCAGGGUAUAGCACGAAGGUGUAUGGUAGCUCGCAGGGACCCUCUCCAAGUCUGUCAGGCCAUGUGGAAGACAAUUUAUCUGGCAGAGUUAAUGUUCUUCCCAACAAGGAAGGUUUUGGUGCAUCUAGUUUAGUUUAAGGAAAAGAAGCACGCUGGUUGCCAAGUUCUAAAAAAAAUUAUAAAAAAUAUAAGUCUAUGGUCCUAGAUCAUAGACUUAUAUUUUUUAUAUUUUUUUUAACACUUGGCAAUCGAGGCACAGGUUUUGGUUUUAACACCCCACGAUUUUUAAAGAAGCACAGACUGUCACAAAUAAUAUUAAAAGUACAAACUUAAUUAUAAAUGUAGAUGCCAUUCUGUUUUUAGUUUUUAAAAUAUAUUAAGUUUUUAGGAUGAAAUAUAAAUCACAUCUUAAAAUUGGACGCUGUUAAGCAUUCGUGUACUAACCCACACAAAAA